AUGGCUAAUUCAAAUGUCUUUCUCCCGAUCGUAUCGACAACACGGCCAAUUCUAAUGUCAUCUUUACUCCCCCCGGCAAAACCCAUCUCCUCUUCCCGCCAAAGUCACCACUAUCCCGCCGCCGACCAAGAAAACGACGUCGCCGCAGCACAACCUUCCGAAACCACCAUUCUCCGAACCCACAACGCCAAGUCGGCAGCCAUUCUCCUCCGGCACCUCUCUCCGCCGGGUACCCAAUCCCCACAUGGAGAAAAUCUCGAAAGCCUCCUGCCGCUGCUCGAACAGGACAAAGAGAAGCUGCUCGAGGUCUCUCUGAUCGGCAAGAAAAUCCCACAAUUUCCCGGGUCCGUCAACGCGAACCUUUCUUCCCCGCUAUUGGAGAGCGUUUUCAGAGGCGGAAAUGGUGGGGUUGAUGGUGCAGGUGAGGUGGAUGAUGAAAUGCUCGUGAAGGCACUGGAGAUCAGAAGGAAAGUGACAACCGAGAUUUUCAAGGAGGCUAUGAAGAAAGGAAAGUUCGCGAUAACUUAUUAUGAGAAUUUGGUCUCUCAGAUUCCUGAAUUUAUCGAUUAUGUGAUGAUCAAGGCUGUCCACAUGAAGAGUUAUCCAGAGUUCUCCGAGUGUUCGUAUAAUGCCCGUGCGCAGGUGUUUAUCGAUGAGUGUAAGGUUGUGUCUCUUAUAAGGUGGUUGAAACACAAUUCACUUUCAUACCCUCAAAUCGGGAAGCUCAUAUGCGCAUCAAAGGGACAGCUAGAUAACAUAAAACGACUGGCUGAAUGGUUAAAGUCGAUCCACGUAAAAGGCAGAUUCAUUGGAGUCACUUUAACUCGAGCUGGUGAAGUUAUAUUAAGGCGAGGAUUAGAAGAAUUGGAUGAGAUUGUCGAGUAUUUGGAGGACAAUGGUGUGCGAAGUGAUUGGAUUGGUUAUGUUAUCAGCAGGUGUCCUGAAAUUUUGACUUUUAGCAUGAAGGAAUUGAGGUCUCGAGCCGAAUUCUAUUUGAACAUGGGUAUGAAUAAAAAUGACUUUGGGACAAUGCUUUUUGAUUGUCCAAAGGUUAUAGGCUAUCUCUCCAUGGAGGAGAUGAACCAAAAGGUGGCAUAUUUGAAGGAGUUUGGACUAAGUACUGAAGAUGUAGGGAGAUUAUUGGCAUUUAAACCACAACUGAUGGCUUGUAGCAUCGAAAACAGAUUAAAACCUCUUGUUAGGUAUUUUUAUUACCUUGGAAUGUCGAAAGCUGGGAUGCGAAGAAUCCUCACUAUGAAGCCAAUAGUUUUUUGUAUAGACCUCGAAAGCACGAUUGUGCCAAAGGUUCGAUUUUUAGUAGAUAUAGGAGUUGCAGAAGAUGCCAUUGCCACUAUGCUCGCCAGAUUUCCCUCGUUGAUGACUUACAGUCUCUACAAGAAGAUACGCCCUGUGGUCAUCUUCCUGCUGACGAAAGCCGGGGUUUCUCAACAGGACAUCGGGAAAGUGGUUGCCAUUGCACCCGAGCUUUUGGGUUGCAGCAUAGCAAACAAAUUAGAACACAGUGUGAAUUACUUUCUAUCACUCGGUAUAUCACUCCCCGUUUUGGGUGGGAUGAUUUCUGAUUUUCCAAUGCUCCUCCGUUAUAACGUAGACGUGCUUCGUCCCAAAUACCGUUACUUGCGAAGAACAAUGAUUCGACCUUUGGAAGAUGUCAUCGAGUUUCCUAGGUUUUUCAGUUAUUCUCUCGAGGAGCGAAUAAUCCCUAGGCACAAGAUUAUGAUCGAAAAUCGGGUUAAUUUCAAGCUACGGUACAUGUUAGCAAGCACGGACGAGGAAUUCGACAUGAAAGUCAAAGAAGCUGUGGAAAAUCGGACAAGAUUUGAAUCUGGCAUCGUAUACAAACCGCCACCAGAUUAUCCAAAUGAAUGA